GGCGUAAUGAACCUUAGUCUAGGGCAGUGGGGGGUGGGGUUGUCUGUCUGGACAGUCUCUAAGAGAAGGUCGUUCAUUAAAGGAACAGAGCCCAAUAACGAUAAUAGAGAAUUUAACAAGUAUGAUUCAUUGAAACUCCACUUGGACUUGUUCAGAUUUACAAUUAGGUGAUGGUUUACACAACAGCUGCAUUGAAGAGCUAUGAAGUGGCAUUGUCUGGUGAUGCUCAGAAAAAUACAGUGUUGUACCUGGAUAUGUUCAGCAUUGGUUCCAAAGAAAGACAAAACAGUUCUGCAUCACUUUAUCUAUCACCGUAGACUGCUGUCAGAUCACAGGCCUAAAAACAUUAAAGACUGUUAUAAGCUGCUUAACCUUCCGGAAGGCUGUUCACUGGAUGAUGUAAGAAAUUCUUAUCGAGAUCUUGCCAAGCAGUAUCACCCAGAUAGUGGAUCGGUUACAGCAGAUUCUGCAACUUUUGUGCAAAUUGAAGAAGCAUAUAGAGUUGUGCUUAGCUAUGUGGCCAAGAAAAUGAAAUCCAUUGAAAAGGAUGAGGAGGACGAGAAAGAUAAAUUCAAAUCUAAAACACCACAACACAGACAGUAUUUAAGUUUUGAAGGUAUUGGUUUUGGUACUCCAAGUCAAAGAGAAAGACAGUAUAUGCAAUUUAGGGUUGAUCGGGCUUCUGAACAGGUCAUGGAAUACCGAAAGCAAAAAAUGGAGAACCAGCUUGGAAUGAGUGAUGCUUUGUUAGCAAAAGAUGUUAGGCAAAGUAAGAAGGCAAAAAUCACUCAAGCAAUUGAACGAUUGGUUGAAGACCUCAUUCAGGAAUCUAUGGCAAAAGGAGACUUUGACAACCUUAGUGGUAAAGGAAAGCCAUUGCAAAAAUUUUCAUACUGUCCACAUAUUGAUCCUAUGACUCACAACCUGAACCGGAUUCUGAUAGACAAUGGAUACCAACCAGAAUGGAUUCUCAUGCAGAAAGAAAUACGAGAAACAAUUGAAAAACUAAGAAAGGAUAUGGUUGCUUCUAGAAAUAAACUGGGAGAGCCAAUGACACCACAAAAAGAGAAACAAUGGAAGGAGGUUUGUGAACAGUUUAUAAUAAACAUCAAAGUCCUAAACAAAAGAAUUAAUGACUUCAACUUGGUUGUUCCUAUUCUCAGCAGGCAGAUGGUACACUUUAAUGCUGGCAAAGAAAUUGCUCGUGCACAGGAGAGCUACAAAAUCCAGAUGGAAAAAAAGGCUGGAAAGGAGGCAAAGAAAACAGAACAUGAAAGUAACAGAACAUCUGACAUUAAAGCCAGUUUUUUUAAAUGGAUGAAUCUUAUUUUGAAAUAAGAUUAAGCUGAUAAUCAUUUGGUUUAGCUAUUACACAUACGUUAAGAUUCAUAUCACUUCCAGGAGACAUUACGUUUUUCUGUUUAUUGUAAUAGUGUUGUGGAAGUAUAGGAACAAAUAAACACAUUUC